AUGGCGCCACACGCUGAGGUCGACGCGGGCCUUGCGAACGGUGGUGGACAAGCCAACGGCAACGGCGUCGCCGCCGCCGUUGCGGCCCCUACGGUCGCUCCGACCACUGUUUCCCCCAUUUUCAAGGUGAACUCGCCGAAUGUCGUGUACACGGAUGACGAAAUUCGCUCCAAGUACGUCUACCGCACCACUGAGGUCACCACCGCCGAGGACGGCUCUUUGAUCGCCACUCCUCGCGAGACGGUCUAUGACUUCAAGGUCGACCGCAAGCUGCCCAAGCUCGGUGUCAUGCUCGUCGGUUGGGGCGGCAACAACGGCUCGACCAUCACGGCCGGUAUCAUUGCCAACCGCCGCGGCCUCGUCUGGGAGACCCGCAACGGCAAGCAGGAGGCCAACUACUACGGCUCCGUCAUCAUGGGCUCGACGAUCAAGCUUGGCACCGACGCCAAGACCCACAAGGACAUCAACAUCCCCUUCCACAGCGUCCUGCCCAUGGUCCACCCCAACGACAUCGUCAUUGGCGGUUGGGAUAUCUCCGGCCUGAACCUGGCUGAUGCCAUGGAUCGCGCCCAGGUCCUGGAGCCGUCCCUGAAGGCCCUUGUCCGCAAGGAGAUGGCCUCCAUGAAGCCCCUGCCUAGCAUCUACUACCCUGACUUCAUUGCUGCCAACCAAGAAGACCGUGCCGACAACAUCCUCCCUGGCAACAAGGCCUGCUGGGAGCACGUUGAGGAGAUCCGCAAGAACAUCCGCGACUUCAAGGCCGCCAACGGUCUCGACAAGGUCAUUGUUCUGUGGACCGCCAACACUGAGCGCUAUGCCAGCAUCAUUGAGGGCGUCAACGACACCGCUGACAACCUCCUGAACGCCAUCAAGAACGGCCACGAGGAGGUCUCUCCCUCCACCGUCUUUGCCGUCUCCUCCAUCCUGGAGGGCGUCCCGUUCAUCAACGGCUCGCCUCAGAACACCUUCGUGCCCGGCUGCAUCGAGCUGGCCGAGCGCCACGGCGCCUUCAUUGGCGGCGACGACUUCAAGUCCGGCCAGACCAAGAUGAAGUCGGCCCUGGUUGACUUCCUCAUCAACGCUGGCAUCAAGCUGACCUCGAUUGCCUCGUACAACCAUCUCGGCAACAACGACGGCAAGAACCUGAGCUCUCAGCGCCAGUUCCGCUCCAAGGAGAUCUCCAAGAGCAACGUCGUCGACGACAUGGUCGAGGCCAACACCGUCCUCUACAAGCCCGGCGAACACCCCGACCACAUCGUCGUCAUCAAGUACGUCCCGGCCGUCGGCGACUCUAAGCGUGCCAUGGAUGAGUACCACGGCGAGAUCUUCCUGGGUGGCCACCAGACCAUCUCGAUCGCCAACGUCUGCGAGGACUCCCUUCUCGCCUCCCCUCUCAUCAUCGACCUGGUGAUCGUCGCCGAGCUGAUGACCCGCAUCCAGUGGCGUCUGCACAAGGAGGAUGCCACCGAGGCCGACUGGAAGUACUUCCACUCGGUGCUCUCCAUCCUGUCCUACAUGCUCAAGGCUCCCAUGACCCCGCCGGGCACCCCCGUCGUCAACGCCCUGGCCAAGCAGCGCGCCGCCAUGGCCAACAUCUUCCGCGCCUGCCUGGGUCUCGACCCCGAGAACGACAUGACCCUGGAGCACAAGCUGUUCUAA